AUUUAGUGCCGUGCAUGGCCUGUUCCGACAGAGGAAUCCCAUCGCAUCAGACCCCUGUCUGUCUGUUUAAUUAAUGUCUGUCUGUCUGUCUGUACAAAACGGAUACAUGUGUGUGUACUGUACGUACGUAUGUAUGUUUCUGUCUCUGUCUCUUCAUGCCUCCUUCCUUCCCAUGCCGGGUGGUGCCCCAUCACCCGGCCGCAACGCCCCAACCCGCCCCGAUCCCGAGCUCAUUGUCAGCUCACUUCCCCGCCUAGCUAUACACAUACAUUCACCAGUCAGUCGCAGCCAGCCAGCCAUCCAUAUGUAUUGAGCAAAUCUGUCACCCACUGUCCCAGCAGGCAGGGCCCGGCGGGCGCCUGUCCAUCACUCCAUCACAUGAUGGCGCAGCAUCUGCGGUUCACCUUCUGGGCCGUUUUGAAGAACGCCUUGGAAGAAGCUGCACACACCGCACACGUGCACACAGUAGUGUACUUGUGUAGAAGUCUGAUUAUUGACAAUUAGUGAGUGAGAGUGGCUUUCUGUGCACUGCACCACCCCGCCACUCACUCACCUGAGAGGUCAUCGCUCUUGGCCACCAGUGCGUCGAGAUUCUCACCCCGCUUCAGAAUGUUCUUCAUCGUGGUGUGCAUGAUGUCCUGAUCAGUGAGUGGACCAAUCACACACACACACGCACACACGCGCACACACAAAUGGUGAUAUAUCGACCAUUUACUGUGCUGCCGCGCGCGCAUCUGUCUGCUGCAGGUGGGUACCUUGGUCUCGUCGACCUUCUGUUGUGUUCUGCUGAGCGCAUCGACUUGUGUGGGGUCCUGCACUGACCACAGGCCCAUAGCAACAGGCAGGAGCUCAUGGCGGCGUGCAACACACCCUGCUCCCCCACCUGGUAGAGCUUGAGGAUGCCCAUGAGCUCCGUGUUCCAGCUCCUGGAGAGGGCGAAGUCCCUGCCGGCAAUCCGCCACUCGCCUGAAGGGUAGGCCUCCAAGAAAUCCUCACGCACCUGAGCCACACCCUUGUACGCCACCCUGCACACACGCACACGCAGCUCCACAUGGAUGCCCGGCCACUUGUGUGUGUGUGUGUGCCUGCCUCUGUGGGUAUUCGUCGCUGGCAAUGAAGACGAUGGCGAUGCCGUCGCGGUACCUAAGGCAGUGCGCCACCCACUCCUCCUCAUGCUCGACGGACUGACGACGGUCGACAACCAACUGCACACACACACACACACACACAGAGUCAGGUUGUCUGAGCAGGGGAGGAGGGACGCAUUGCUUGUGUAUGUGUUCCAUGCACGGGAGCAUACUUACGUGUGGAAUUGCGGUGCGUGCGAGGAAGUUGCAGGUCUCCUUCAUCGCCGAACGCUCCAGGAAAGGAAAACUGAACAAUCACACAAACACACAAUCACACACACACAUCCCAUACAUGACGGCAUGUCGGGGCUUCCUUCGUGUGUGUCGGAUUGGAUUGUCUCCUCACCAUGACACGUCGUGUGCUGCCGCGAGAAAUAUGACGGUGUCGUCGCCGGGCGGGCACCUGGCGACGAUGAGACCGAUGGCAUGAGGGCCCGCACGAGGCGCCAUCGCUCAUGCUAUAAGGGCACUAUGAAUGAAUCAACAAUCGCUUGUGAACCAAGCUGGAGUGCUGGCUGACGCGCGCCCUGACCCUUCUC